AUGGCGUGGCAGCUGCAUACUAGAACGCAGUCACGGCCCAGUAUCUAUGGCAAGAUCGAGCAGCUCAUCGUAACGCCUCGCAGAGUUGUUAAUGAGUUCUUAGCCAGCCCGCAGUACUACAAUACAAGCUUUGAAGAAAUGGGAUUGCGGUCGACGGUGUCGUUUGUCAACGACAAGAUCGAGGAAGACUACAUUUGUCUGGGUUCCUAUCACAAAUACGGCUUUAGCUUAAGUGACGGAACUCAACUCUGUGGCCCAGUUGUGCUGUUCCCAAAAAUUGCUCUCUCUUGGCGAAGCGAGUGCUGUCAGACAUUUAAUUUCCUGAAUGACGACAAAAGAUACUUCGCGGCUUUGCUGUAUCCCCCGGACAAACUCCAGACUACGGCCGACGAGUACAUCUCUACAAGUAUAGACACGAUGAAAAUCAACGCUCUGGACUCAGAUCUUCUCAGCGAUAUCGGUGGCACGCGCACAAAGAAGUUUUCAGAUUUCAUCUUAUCAACAAUGGAAAAGAGAAGGAAGCAGUUGGACAUGGAGGAGGAAAUAAAGAAACUAGUGGAGCAGAAAAAUGACGAAAAAUCUUGA